AUAAGUAAUAUAAAAGAAUAUAAAAUACAGCAAAUAACCCUUGGCCAGGCACGCAGCCCAGGACGGAGCCCCUUCCCCUUGCUGCCCCCUUCUUUAGGGGGACAGAAGCCCCCCUCCCUGCUUUUGGAGGGCGGGGGGAGGUUUGGGGCGCGUUGUGGGCAGGCAGGGGAAGGAUGAGCGUCAGGAAGGAGCCGUAACCUCCCCGUCUGUUCCCCUCCAGCCCUUGGCUCACGUUGGGCUCCCCGGCACGUGGCUGCCCUCCUUCGCCAGCUCCCGGCGGCUGGCAGAUGAGCCGGGGGCGGACGGCACAUGGAGAAGCCGCGGCACGCACGGUGCCAGCCGGGCUCCUGCCACGUAGGGGGGAAGGGAGAGCCGGGUCCCACCGGCCCCUCAACCCCCUCUGCCACAGCGGUGGAACCAUGGUAGGGGUCCGACCACGCUCCGGGGAUGCCGGAGCCCCAUUGUGGGGUGAAGUCGUGGCGCUGAGAACCCAAACGACGGCAGAAAAGUCUUGUCUUUGACGUCGAGGGGGUGGGGGGAGGUUGCGCCACGGCCGCCGCGGGACGGUGAGGUGCGGUGCUGCCGACGUGCCGGCGCUCAGCCCAGUGCCGAGGCGGGGGGCCCAGCCCCGCUGAUUCACCCUGUCUGCCCCAGCCGGGGGCUGGCACCGGCACCGGUGCAACCGGGAGCAUGGGGUGCGUUGGGUAUCUUCGUUAAUGCACCUUUAGUCCUGGAUUAAUUUGCUUUCCCACCGCGGCAGUGCCAGAGCUGCAGCCUGGCUUGGGGCUCCCACCCCUCCCUGCCCUUCAGGUCACCCAGGAUUAAGACUUAGUAACUUCUAGAUUGUUUUAAGCAAUUAUUUCUCCCCGCAGUGAUGAUUAUGGUUUAAAAAAAAGCGCUGCCGCCCCAUUUGGAAGAUGAAAGCUCAGGGACCGAAGCAGCCAGCACCAGCCGUCACCAGAGAGCUGGGCUGCAAAGGGAAAAUCCUGCCCAACGUGUGCCUGCACCCAUGGGAGGCAGCUGGGACACAGGAGCCACCCAGGAAUAACCCCAGGAGGGGCUGAUCACCAGUCAGCUCCCCAAGACCCGCUCACCGGAGCAAAGAUGGUCACGGCGAUACAGUGUCUGCAGGCACCGGCUCCCUCCCGGGUGGAUUCUAUCUGAUGGAAACUGCCCGUUUCCCCUGCGCCGGUCCUGCAAAGCUCCCGGCCCCCGCGCGGGCAAGGUCACCCAUGAAGACCACAGAGCACUUGCCAAGCAGCUGCGUUCGGACAACGGGGGCCGCUGAGCCAAGCCCCCGGGGCUGGGACAACAUCGGAGACCUUCCGCCACCGGGACAGGCAACGCGGCGGCCACGGGAGCCCCCACCGGGACGGGACGGGUGGCGGGAGGGGAGCAGAUCCAUGAAGCUCCUCCAAACCGGGGCGCACGGCACGGAGCAGAGCUGCCCUGGCUGAGCUGCGCACGCCGCUGCCGAGCUCAGGACCGCAGCCGGGAGAGCCUUGCCGGGGCCCGGCGGUGCCGUGAGCGCCUGCAGGACGCGGAUGCUGUAGGAAGAUGCUGUGCGGAGCCUGCGGCCGGGUGGUGCUGGCGCUGAUGACCCUCUCCCUUGGCUUCGCCGCCGACGAGCUGCUGUGCGCCUGCGACGUGCCCCACUGCAGCCUGCCCACCUGCACGGGCAAGGUGUGCUUCGUCAGCAAGAGGAAGGAGGAGGGGACCAUCACCCAGCACCGGGGCUGCUUCUCCCAGAACAUUCUGGAGAACUGCCACACGCUCGUGACGGAGCAGUACGGCAUGAGGUGCUGCGACUCCAGCAUGUGCAAUGCUGACCUGGAGAUUUUCCUGCAAGGAGAAGAGACCCUGGGACAGACGCCUUCCCUGCCCAAUGUCCUCCUGAUGAUCUUCGUCCCACUGCUUGCCCUCCUCGUCCUCGCAGCACUCACAGCACUCUUCUGCUGGAAGGUGGCCCAGCACCGCCACAAGAAGAGUGACUUGGGAGACACGGACCUCAUGCUGAAGGCAUCCAUGGUGGGAGACAGCACUUUAGAGGACCUGCUGAAUGAUGACUGCACCACGGGCAGCGGCUCGGGGCUGCCCUUCCUCGUCCAGCGAACAGUGGCUCGGCAGAUCACCCUCGUGGAGUGCGUGGGCAAAGGACGCUAUGGCGAGGUGUGGCGAGGCGUGUGGCAUGGGGAGAGCGUGGCCGUGAAGAUCUUCUCCUCCCGGGAAGAGCAGUCGUGGUUCCGCGAGACAGAGAUCUACAACACCGUCCUCCUCCGGCACGACAACAUCCUGGGCUUCAUCGCCUCUGACAUGACAUCAAGGAACUCCAGCACCCAGCUCUGGCUCAUCACCCACUACCACGAGAACGGCUCGCUCUACGACUACCUGCAGAGGACGGCCCUGGACGUGGAGACCUGCCUGGGCUUGGCCUCCUCCAUCAUCUGCGGCCUCGUCCACCUCCAUGUGGAGAUCUUCGGCACCCAGGGCAAGCCCGCCAUUGCCCACCGUGACCUGAAGAGCAGGAACAUCUUGGUGAAAAGCAACCGACAGUGCUGCAUCGCAGACCUGGGACUGGCCGUCAUGCACUCCCAGGGCAGCGACUACCUGGACAUUGGCAACAAUCCCCGGGUGGGCACCAAGCGCUACAUGGCCCCGGAGGUGCUCAGCGAGCAAAUCCGCACUGACUGCUUUGAGUCCUACAAGAAGACGGACAUCUGGGCGUACGGGCUGGUGCUCUGGGAGAUCACCCGGCGGACGGUGGUGAACGGCAUUGUGGAGGAGUACCGGCCACCCUUCUUUGAUGCUGUCCCCAGCGACCCCAGCUUCGAGGACAUGAAGAAGGUGGUGUGCAUCGACCAGCAGACCCCCGUGGUCCCAAAUCGCCUCUUUUCCGAUUCGGUUCUGUCAGCGCUGGCGAAGAUCAUGAAGGAGUGCUGGUACCAGAGCCCCUCGGCCCGCCUCACCGCUCUGCGGAUUAAAAAAACGCUGAAGAAGCUGAAUAAUUCCCUGGAAAAGCCAAAACCAGAGCAGUGAGCGCCGGGCACGUGCCAGAGGCUGCGCCGGAGAAUCAGCGAAGCCAACAGCAGGGUGGCUGCCGGACACAGAGGGGGUUUUGCUCACAGCCUCUUGCCUUUCCCACCCCUCCUUGGAGCCUUUUUAAUUUGCAAGGAGGAGGAAAAAAUAGGAAAAAAGAAAAAAAAAAAAAAGAAAAGCCAGGGAGGAGUCUUCCAGCCUGGUUAUAAAAAUCCCCCCCGGAUCCAUCAUCGGACGCCUGGCAGGGAUGCCAAUGGGGGUGGUAGCCCACCCCAAGCCCCCCGGUUGGAUGCCACAAGCGCCGGAGCCUCUGCUGCGGUCCCCAUGGCCAGCUGGGCACCCACCCCAUCGCUGGCACCCAUCGCAGCAGGCAGGCAGUGGGUGCUGCCCAAACCUGCCCGCCCGACACGUUGGCAGCGGCGAUGCCAUGGGCUCGGCGGAGGCAGCAGGAAUUCCCUGGCAGACCUGCAGUGCCCGGCGUGCCUCUCCCAGAAGGAGGGCUGGAUUAUCCUGGGAAAGGACCGUCCAGCGACAGCAUCCCCCAAAACUGGGCCAAAUCCACGUCCCGGCGCAUCUCGUGGCUCCCCAGGACGAGGAGCCGCCGGCACGGAGCAGCACCCAAGCAUCCCCCAUGGCACAGGGACCCACCAAGCUGGGUGCUGCCGCAGCCGUGGGGAGGGGGGCAAUCCUUCCCUGGGGGACAGCCAGCAGCCCCCCUUUCCAAGCCCUUUGGAAAGAUUUUGCCAAAAUACCAACAUUUAGGUGUUUUCCAGGGGGUUUUGGUACACCCCACGGCCGGCUCCCACCCAUCCCAAAAAACCCACCAUUUGAGGCAGUUGGGACAGGACCAAGAUGUUCAGCAGAACCCGCUUUGCUCCGUAAUUAUUUAAUUCUUAAGAUUUAAUAUAUUGAAUAAAGCGUAAAGCUAUUUGAUCACUUAACAGCUGCCAAACCUCCCCCAAGCGGGCGACGUGGCAGGAUGGGACCCCCA